AUGGACCCCCCCCCUCUCUCCCCGACUCGGCCCAUCAGCAGCGUCAUAGGCGAGAUCAAAGAAAAUGCCGUCUGCCUCUGCUCGAGCGUCAUCAAGGCGGCUGACGCUGCCGCCGUCGAGCCUGGACAUAUUUCCAUCCGCUCGCUGGCCACCGAGCUGCGCGUUUUCGCCGGCGCCAUCUUCAGCCUCGAAUCCCUCGCCUCGAGCAUCGAAGAGGUUCGUCAAAGACCCGUCGGUUUCCUCGGCCACGAUCGGCAAGACCUCGCCUUUCUCGAAAACUUGCGCUUCCCCCUAGAGUUCAUCGAGGACAAUAUGGAGACCUUUUCGCAGCAUGACAUGGCCUUCAUCAAGUCGCAAAUGGUCGCCUGCCGCGCCUCCAUCACGCAUUGCAUAGCGAGGUCACGAACCUACGACGAUCUGCUCUUCCUCCUUGCCUCCGCCGACAUCGAACGGGGCUUCGGCACGAAUCCUUCCGACGUCUGCCGGUGGCUCGAAAUCCUAAACUCUCCCUACCACGACCGUCCGGUGCGUGACUACCACGAGGAGAAGCACCUCCUCGAGAACAGGUCCUCCGACUUUCCCAUAUACACCUUCGCCGCUACGACCUGGCCGUCCUAUGCGCAAAAGUACUGGCCUACCAUACGACCGCAGGUCGAGAAGUUGUUCUCCGAACCUCAGGCGAACAACUUUGCCCACUGGCUCCUGGAAUUUGCCCGUGCAUGUUGGCCACGCCACCAUCGUUACUCUGCCUCGGAUCCCGAACACACCGUCCAUCUUCCCGCAGCUUUGCGCAAUGGCUCUGCGACCCCGCUCCACCUCGCUGCCGUCCUUGGACUGCCCGAGCUCUGUGCGAGCCUCGUCUCGGCCGGAGCGGAUGUCAACCUCGCCGGCGACAUCGGAUCGCCGCUUUACUGCGCCUUGCUGGGACUGGAGGCCCUUCGCACAGGACUCUCGCCCUGGUUGCCGGGUGGGCUGCCGGACACGACUUGGAUAAGCGAUGGCGAGGCAGAUGCCCGAGCGGCCGUCGUCCUGGAGCUCAUCCGUGCCGGUGCCGAUUGCACCUACCGAUUUCUCGACUCGCAUGGUGAAAGGGCCUCGCUCGCCGGCCACGCCUAUGUCUUUUCCUGCGCCGUACGCUGCCACGAAGUCUUUGGCGAGGUCUUGUCUCGCGGAGCGGCCCUCGAUGGCUUUUUCGUCGACGCCGUCAGCCACAUCGCCAUCGACGCUUGCGACAUGGACCCCUCGAAGACCUGGGUGACGGCCCUCACCGCUGCGUUCGAUGCCACAUUUUGCGACGACGAAGGCUGGCCCUGGGACCGGUUCGACGCCGUUCAAGCUACGAUCCAGGAGCUCCUCGGCAACAGGCCUGAAGGCUGUGAAUUCUUGUUUCGCCACGGCGACAAGGCCACGUUGCACCGCAUCUCCGACGACGACUUUUCCGCCAUGGUUGUCGACGCCGUCCAAGACGACGCCGUGUUUUACAUGAAGCGGAUCCUGAGAGACCCACGGUUCGACCCAAAGAUGCACGUCGCCGAGCAGUUGGACGAGGGAUCCAUCGCCCACCUGGCUGUCGGUGGGAACCAAAUCGAGAUGGUCGAAUUGUUCCUCAAAAGCGGUGUCGACUUCACGACGCGCGAUGAACGGGGCCGCACCCCGAUGCUGCUCGUCGAAGAUGCCCUCAUGUUCGUCACCAUGACAGAGCACAACAUCCCCACAACCGACGUCGAUCUCUUGGGUUUCAAUCUGUGGCACUACGCCGCCGCCACCAAUGACCGAGACCUGCUCGAGGCCCUCGCCUGCACCGAUCCCUGCAAGCAGCAGAACCUGCUCGUCUCCAACAAGCUCGGUCUCACCCCCCUCGAUGAAGCCCUCCGCUUCGUGGAUCUUUUGCGUUUGUCUGCGCGCGACGGCGAUAUGGCGGUACCCAUCGCCGCGGAGCUGAUCCUUCGCGCCGGAGGAAAUCCAAAGCUGUCGCCCGCUCCGUACCCGCGUUUCUUGUCGGCCGUCGAAUGGUGUUCGGCCGAGCUGGCCGUCCAGAUGCUCGCCGCAGGUGCCAACCCGCGAGCCAUCAACGACCACGGCAUGACCGCCCUCCACCACAUUGGCCCAUCGGCUCCCGCAGAACUGGUGAGCCUGUUGUUGAAGGUCUGCGAGGGGAUGCCCGUCGUCGCCCUCGUGCCCAAGAUGAAGCCCCGUCCGAGGGGUCCGUUUCGCGAGUGGGUCGAGCGUUUUUCAAGGAACCGAGGCCUCACGUAUGCCGAAACGAUCCUCAACAACAUGGAGCUCUUCGUCGUCCCGAACGACUUAUGCGACCUUUCGCAGCACCCCUCGUGCCGAGACGAGCUCUCGUCCGAGACGUACCGCAUGCUCCUGACGCCCGAAGUCCUGGACUACCACGACCCAGGCGGCGCCGGCUUGUGGCAGCGCUUUUGCAGCCGUCUUCUCCCGCGGUACGACCAUCACAUGAGCUUCCGCCACGAGCACGACAUGGGCUUGUACCGCCGAUCAUUCGCCACCGCCUUGAAGGCCCUGACGCGCGCGGGCGCGCCGGUCAGCUACGAGCUCGAGACGGGGCGCGCCGCUGUGCUUUGCCUCGGCCGAAAAGACGAUGCCGACCAGUGCGGGGGCAAGCAGGCUUGGCCGCCCGACAGGCUCGCCUUUGUCGCCGACUUUCUCCGCAACUUUCACUCCGAGCCCACCGAAGUGUUCUACCGGUCGCAGGAGUCGAGGGACCUCCUGGCGGCCGCCGACGACGCAGGGGUAGCCGUCGCUUCCACGUUGAGAAGCGCCUUUCGUGCCCGUGGCCACGGUGGCGCGGAGGAGGAGGAUAAUCCAUGA